AUGGACUGGUUCGGCCGUGCCAAGAUAAACUACACUCACCAUGUCUCUCCCCUCGCGCUCAAGGAGAAGGACGGCAACCAGACCGACCUGUUGAAGAUCAUCGAGAAGGUCACCCCGACAUGCCAGCUAAACCCCUUGCUCUUCAAUGGCCACCUACAGACCAUGUGGACGGCUGUGGGUAAAGCCGCGCCUCAGAUCUACUACAAGAGAAAGAUCUUCAACGCGGACCACCACACCUAUACCGGCACAUUUGCUGUGGACUUCGUUACACCUCCACACCAGGAACGCGAUGAGGCCCUGCCGCCACGGACGUCAUACUUCAGUGAUGCCGAAUUCGAAGCGCAGGCCUCGGAUGACAGCAAGCCCAUGCUCAUCGUGCUCCACGGUCUGUCCGGAGGUUCGUACGAGGUCUAUCUCCGCCACUGCAUCGAGCCGCUAAUCUCGGAGGGCGGCGAUUGGGAGUGCUGCGUUGUCAACGCGAGGGGCUGCGCGGCCAGCGAGGUCACCAGCGGGGUGCUCUUCAACGCGAGGGCGACCUGGGACGUCAGGCAGGUCGUGAGGUGGGCGAGAAAGGCGUUCCCGAAUCGGCCCCUGUUCGGCCUGGGUUUCUCGCUUGGCGCCAACAUCCUGACCAAUUUCGUGGGCGAGGAGGGCUCCAACUGCCUCCUGAGCGCGGCCGUCGUCGUCGGCAACCCCUUCAACCUGGAGGUGUCCAACAUCCAGCUCCAAAGCUCGCUGCUUGGCAAGGAGUUAUACCAAAGGGUCAUGGGAACUAACAUGAGAAAGCUUAUCCUGCGCCACAAAGAAUCAAUAAUCAAACACACGAAGCUAGACUUCGACGCCAUUCAGAACGUCACCUAUCUCUACGAAUUUGACAGGGAAGUCCAGUGUAUAUCUUGGGGGUAUCCCACGGAGUCAGCCUACUACCGCGAUGCUUCCUCGAGUGACUCGGUGCUCGCAAUUCGGAUACCUUAUCUGGCAAUCCAGGCCGCAGACGAUCCUAUCGCCGUGGAAAAGGCUAUUCCCUACCAGGAGUUCAAGAAGAAUCCGCAUACAGUCUGCAUGACAACCUCCCUCGGUGGCCACCUCGCCUUCUUCGAGGUGGGCGGUGGUCGCUGGCACGCAAAGCCGGUGACCAAUUUCUUGAAACAUAUGGCGACGAAUGUAGAUCUUCAGUCCAUCAACAACCAGGUCAACGGCAACACUGUCCUAAAACCACAGUACGGGUCAGGCUUCGACCCUAUGCGCCGGAAGAUGGAGGUCAAGAUCACAGAAUAG